GGUUUUUCUCUUGAAUACUUUCAGACAGUCAGGGGACUUGCUGCUGUCUGAGGGGUUUCUGUCACUGUCACUAUGGCCGCUGCUGACACACACCAGAGCACAGCUCCUUUCUCUCUGGACUCUUACCACGUUUCUGAGGAGCUCGGCUUCAUCCUCCCUGAGCCUCUGACAGAGCUGCCUCCGUACUAUCAGCCAUGGAUGGAUGUUGCCCUGCGAGUUCCAGAGCUUGUGGACUCUCACGAGCUGCGCUCCCUCAUUAACAAGAUGCCGCUGCUGAGCAGCCACUUUCUCCAGAAUCACCGCGAGUUACGACUGGCCCACCUGGCCCUCGGGGUGAUGACCAUGGGCUACGUUUGGCAGGAGGGAGAGAAAGACACAGUUGAUGUGCUUCCACGUAACCUGGCUGUUCCGUUCUGGGAGAUCUCACAGCGCUUAGGACUUCCCCCGAUCUUCACUCAUGCUGAUGGAGUUCUGGCUAACUGGAAGAAGAAGGAACGUGACGGGCCUUUCCACAUGGAGAACCUGGAGCUGCUGCUCAGCCUCCCGGGUGGAGACAGUGUCCGAGGCUUCUUCAUGGUCACUCUCCUGGUGGAGCUGGCAGCGGUUCCUGCACUGAGGAACAUUCCUGCAGUGAUCAACGGCAUCAGGUGCGGCGACUCCGAGGCCGUGGUCAGAGCUCUGGACGACAUCGGCCGCUCUCUACAGGACAUGACGGACGCUCUCAAACUCAUGCAAGUGUACGUGGAGCCUUCGGUCUUCUACGGCAUAAUGAGGAUCUACCUGUCCGGGUGGAAAGACAACCCCAGUAUGCCGAACGGUUUGAUCUAUGAGGGCGUUCGCACGGAAGCGAUGGAGUUCUCAGGAGGAAGUGCGGCACAGAGCAGUUUGCUGCACUGCUUUGAUGAACUCCUGGGGAUCAAACAUGAAGAGAAAAGUGGUGCAUUUCUAACCCGUAUGAGGAACUACAUGCCACCUGCUCACAAACAGCUGAUCGAGGACAUUUCUUUGGCGCCUUCGCUCAGGAGUUUUGUGCAGCAGCAGCAGGCCAACGAGAGGCUGAGCCAGGCCUUUCACCUCUGCGUCGCCAAGCUGCUGGCCUUACGCAACUACCACAUCAACGUGGUGAGCCGCUUCAUCACGGUGCCUGCUGCCCGUGCCCGACAAAUCCGUAACCAGAGCCAGGACUGUGACGGGGGGAUUAUCAGCAGAGCACCCACAGCUCUGGAGGAGAGGGGCACCGGCGGCUCCGGUAUCAUGAUCUUUCUUAAAACUGUGAGGGACCAAACAAAAGACGCCUUCCUGCCUGAGACAAGUGAAGACACGAAGCUGGUGUGAACCGAGUGUCAAUGACAUCACCUCGAAACGAGCAAUAAAUCACGUCUAUAACUUA